AUGAUGACGGGCGGUCGCGCCGACGCCAUGUCUGUCCGAUACGCUCUCGACUACUACACCGCCUGCAGUGAUAAUGAAACUCUUGAAUUGCGAGGCAUUCGACCACUGGUUGAUCUACUGAACCGAAUGGGCGGUUGGCCUCUAAUGGGUCGCCGAUCGCAGUUUGAUCCCAACAAAUACGAUUUGGUUGAGGCGUUUACCAACCUUUAUUUCAGUGUCCCGGAGUUUGGUUUGGGUCGCAAUCAAUUGGUCAAUACUAGUCUAUAUUACGACAUUGUAAACGCAUAUAAACAGUAUAUACUGGAGUCGGCCCUACUUUUGGGCGCUUAUAAUGACAAUCAAACACAUAAUGAUAUCCGAGAAUUAUUUGCUUUUGAAUCAAAAUUGGCAAAAUUAUCGACAAAACCGGAAGACAUGCGGGAAUCACAGAUUUGGUACAAUCGCAUGACAUUCAACAGUUUUAACGCAAUGACAGGCAAUCGAUUGGAUUGGAAAGCAAUAACACAACGACUUUAUAAGAAAUUCAAUUCAAAUAUUGCAUUAAACCCGAAGGAAAGGCUGGUUGUGGACGACAUGGCCUACUAUCGGGAGGUGACACGACUGGUGGUCAACACUCCUCCCCGUGUUAUCGCUAACCACUUGGGUUGGCUCACUGUUAAACGAAUGGCUGUUUAUACGACCCACAGAUUUAGACAAAUUGAGUUUGUGUUCAAUUCAGUGGCCAAAGGGGUCAAGACGUGGACACCUCUGGGAAAGCAUUGCGUCGAUUCACUCAAUAGUUAUCUACCCUUCGCUUACAGCAGGAAAUAUGUGGACAAUUAUUUCAGUGAUAUAUCACGACAAGAGGUCAAAGUUGUGGUGAAAUAUGUAAAGAAAGCAAUGAGACGAGCGCUGAAAGAUAAUGAAUGGUUAGACGACUUGACGAGGAAUAAGUCAAUUGAAAAAUUGAAUGCAAUCAAUGAAGACAUUGGUUAUCCCGAUUGGUUGUUGGAUAACAAAGAAUUGGAUAAAUUGUAUAAUUUGUUACGCAAACCUAUUAAUAUAACAUUAAAUUGGCCCACAUAUCCAGCAAAAGUGAAUGCAUAUUACGAUCCAACACAAAACACCAUUACAAUACCGGCCGGUAUAUUGAGUCCUCCCUUUUUCCGCAAUCAAGUGCCCCCUUAUCUCAACUUUGGGUCCAUAGGAGUGGUUAUUGGACACGAAUUUACACAUGGUUUUGAUGAUCAAGGUAGUGAAUACGAUUCGUCCGGAAAUUUGAUCAAUUGGUGGAACGAU